AUGACACUGACGAUGAUGUCUAACGCCUACUUCAGAUGGGCGUCUUUCUUCAAGUCCAUGUGCGGCAAGUUCGGCCUCCGCUCCGUCGACUACUCCGUCCUCGACCUCGCCAUGACCGACGACGACCAAACCACCCGGGAACUCUGGCUCGCCAUCAAGGGACUCUUCCACGCCAACAAGAAGUCCUGGACGAUCUUCCUCAACCACGACUUCCACUCCAUGACGCAGGGCGACUCCUCCAUCGUCGAGUACUGCAGCCGCAUGAAGACUCUCGCCGACGCCCUUCACGACGUCGGCCAUCCCGUUCAGGACUCCCAGCUUGUCCUAAACGUACUCCGCGGCCUCAACCCACGCUUCACCAACACCGCCGACGACAUCGCCAACUCCACCGCCGACUUCCCAUGGACCUCAAGUGCAGGCUCCGCCCUUGUGAACCCCAAGUUCAUCGGUGCGACGGAGUACGAGCUGGCGUCCUUCCACGAUCUCAUGGAGAUCCACUCCGCGAGCAGCUCCUCGUUGGAGGUGGAUCUCGUCCACUGCGAUAACCUGUCGAGGGAGUGUUUCAUGGCGGAGCUCGCCAAGCACACCCCUCCUGUAUUUUAG